GGGAGGGGCCCAUCUCCUCCCACUCCUCCCUCGUCUCCCGCGGCCGCCCGGGCUCGAGCCCCCGGGGGCCGCGCACGCGCGGCAGAACGGGGCGGCUCCUCCCCGCCCACAGCUUCCGCCCACCAUGGCGUCGGGCGCUGCCCCAGCGGUGCCGUGCCCGAGGGCGGCUGCCCUGGUGGGCCUGCGGCGCCGGAGGCUGGUCGCUCCACUGGCCGCAGCAGCCGCCGCCCUCGGCGCGGCCGCGCUCUGGCCGCUCGGGCACGCCGCGGCACCCGCGGCGGCGUGGGCGGGGGCCUCCGCGCUGCUGCCCCUGGUGGGCCAGCGGGGGGCCGCGGCACCGGCGCGGAGCCGCACCGCGCUGGGCGCCGUGCAGACGCGGGGGGGCAAGGCGAAGACCGGGGCGACCAAGAAAGGCAAGUACCGCGGCCCAGUCAAUCCCAGGUUGCGAGCUUUCAUGGGGUCUUCCGAGUACCGCGAGAUGAUCCAGCUCCUCAGCGGCCUCAAUGAGCAAGGAUUGCUGGACGGUUUCCUCGAUAAGGCCGGGGCCUACUGGGGCAGCAUGAAUAUAUUCCGCCUUGCCGAAUUGGAGCGCUCCAAAGGUGGCCAAGGAGUCAUGACAACCCUCAGGCAAGACUGGCCACGCAUCUGGCCCAAAGAGCUGGAAGAAGGGCGGUUUGCCGCCUUCGACAAGUUCCAGCGCUACUGGGGGCGCCUGGAACGAAGCAAGCUGGUGGACGACGUCAUGAAGGACGUCUUGCCGGACAUGGAGAAGGGGUACGACAACCCUGAGGCAAGCAAGGACUACAAAAAGUUGAAGGACAUGACCGACGAGCAGCGCAGCGACGAGAUCUUACGCCGCAUCGGCAAGAACGAGCUCGUGCGCCAGUACGUCAUCUUGAGCGAGACAGACCCAGAGGUGAGCUCUAUCGGCAGCAAGAUGAUGCCUUUCAUAGCAGGUUGCGUGUCUGCCUUGGAGCGGAAGGUCGCGACGGAGACCGCAGAGAUGGCAGAGACUCUUGACCAGGGUCUUAUUGUUGCUGGUGGAGCGGCGCUUGUUCUCAUUGUUUUGUUUGCCACCGGCGUCAUACCGUCCCCGAUCGAGAUUUUAGGCGCCAUCUGGAAUUUCAAAGUCUGAGCUAGGACUCGCGAAUUCCGCAAUUCUUGUCUCAAGUUUUCGCAAUCGCUGUUUCUCCGAAUGCGCGCUCUGCUGGACGCGCACACGCGCAAGUGUGGGUCAUAAAGGAUCACACAGUACAUUGCGUAUCCCCUCGAACAUGUGGUCGAACGAACGGGAGGGCGACCGCAUGUAUGCCCUGUUGUGUUGUUGUUCCAGCCGUGCCGCAUUGUGGCGAGUUUCCCGCCUUACCGCACCCCGAAAAUUGGGCAGGGAGAUGCCGAAGCUGUUCACGGCAGAUCAUUUGACUGCGUGUGAGCGUCAGCCCCCAAGGUUCUCCUUAUCCAGCUGCCUGCGGCACACACACACACACACCGCGAGCACGGCAGCGCAGCAGGAAGGAGAUUGAGUUUACCACCCUUUUCAGGUUCAGCGCCUUGUCUAAGUUGGCGCGUAUCUGAAAGGUGCCUUCGUUAUGCGCAUCCAGUUUCUUACCUUGAGUUGUUGGUGGCUUGACUCAAC